GCGAUUUCCUGAAAAACUCCUCAGAUGGUAGGAAAGACAGCAAUGGCGGCAGCCAUGAUUUCCCUCAAAUUCCAACCAUCCAUUCCUCAAGUUCUCCCCUAUCCCUAUCCUUUCUCAUCCAAACCUAAAUUCCUGACACUCAGAUCCCACAUCUCCUCCGCCAAAAACCACGACGACGGAAUUCCGACCGACCUUGUCAAAACCCUAGCAAAGUUCAAAUCCAGGCACAACUUCAUCAGGGUCCUCGAAGUUUCCCGAAAAUCGGACCACCCUUUUGCCGGUUCCAGACUCCUCUUACUCGAUGCACCGGGCAAUAUUCACAGCAUCUCCUUCCUUCUCAAACUACUCACCGGCACCUACUUCGACGUCUUUGCCACAUUUCCACCCAUUUUACCUCCUGGACCCUUGGGAAUUCUUGGCUUCGGAGCCGGCUCGGCUGCCAAAUUGAUAUUGGAGUUGUACCCUCAAGGCGUGGUCCAUGGAUGGGAGCUUGACCCGGCUGUAAUCGCUGUUGGGAGAGAAUUUUUCGGCCUCUCCAAACUCGAAAGGCAAUUCCCAGAUAGGCUUUUUAUCUACGUCGGCAAUGCGUUGAGUGCUAACAUGGAUUCUGGGUUUUCGGGUUUGUUGGUUGAUUUGUUUAGCAAAGGGUGUGUGAUUCCGGAGCUCCAGGAUCCGGAUACAUGGAUGAAGAUGAAGAAGAAGUUGAAGGAAGGUGGGAGGAUUAUGGUAAAUGUUGGAGGGAGUUGUGUGGAAGCAGAGGAUUCCAGGAGAGAUGGGAAAGUAAUUAUGCAGGAGACAUUGAAGGCCAUGGAGAAGGUGUUUCCAGGUGAGGUGUGGGUUUUGAAUCUUGGAAGCAAUGACGAUGAUAGCUCAAUCGCUGUUACAGGAUCAUUGCCUAAUUUGGAUUUGUGGAAGAAAGAUUUACCUAAAUCUUUGAGGUUUUAUGUUCAUAUGUGGAAACCAUUUACUAAUACUAUUCAAACAAACGCUUAAAGAUCUUGUCUUGUUAUCUAAUCAAUGGUGACAUUUUCCUUGCA